AUGGGUCUUUUUUCCCGUUUGCCCCGGGAGUUGAGGGACUUAAUCUAUACAUUUUACCUCGUUGUCGACGGUGGGUACGUGGGCGAUGGUGACUCGAUUUUCCACAACACGCUGCUGACCAAGAAGCACGAGCAGAACCGACUGCCUAGGUCAACCUUGCAACGCCAGCAAUGCAUCUUGAGGCGAGCCGACAGGUCCUCUACCGAUAUAGCUCUUGUGUUCACCUGCAAGUCUAUCGCCGAAGAGAUGUACGGUGGCGACCUUGCCUUGCGCGUCAACACAAUUACAUUCUCGACCUUCUACUCUGAUGAACUACGACUCCGCGCCGGCAGAUUCAACUAUAUCAGAGAAGAACACGUUGAAGUCGAGAAUGUCAAUAUUUUUCAACACCUUGGGGAAUGCUUCUGGGGCCCUGUAUACGACGAACUCCAGAAUACCUACCCAAUCUUCAUGCCGCUUGUGGAUGCCGUCAGAAAGGGGAAGCCCCCGUCCAACAUCCACUCCUGCCCUCACUAUGGGCAAGCACGCUCGUUGUACAGCGGGUUCGUCAAAUACGCCCUGCAACUUGCAGCCUACUACCACCCGCCGGAAUUUGUCGAAGCAGUGGAGCAACACCGGCUUUCAAAGAAGCGUAAACGUCGCGGCCAGUUCGACCCUCACCACAUUGCUCACUGCUCGGUCGAGGCCUGGGACAUACCUACGCGCGCCGACCUCCUGCACUUGGCUUCGCAUACCAGAUCGUCCGGCGAGCCGCUGCUGGAAGUUCAAGUUCGAAGAGGGGUGCUCCCGGAAGAUGCCUCGCCCAAAUUCAUCAAGCAAGGCUCUCCAACUAGGCGAAGCAGUCCCGUGAUGGCAUCCUCCGGAAUGGGUUACUUUGGCCGCCUCCCGCGGGAAAUGCGGGACACGAUUUACAGGUCUUACCUCAUCGUCGAGGGCGGAUACAUCUGCGACAGUGAAGCUCUCAUCAAAGGCCAGCUCAACGGCAAUCCCCUUUGCAGGCUCAAGCAGUCCAACGGAAGCCGUAUUGACCUUGCCUUGGUCUUCACCUGCAAGGCUAUUUCAGCGGAAAUGGGCUGUGGUGACCUUGCUCUCCGUGUCAAUACCAUCACGUUCUCAACCUUCUACUCCGACGAGCGAGAUGCGGCUUGGCAGCAGGCCCGACAAGAGGCACGCCAGCGAGGCUAUCUUCCGGCGAAGUCCUUCAUGGAACUGCACGACAAGGAGAGAAAUUUCAUCCGCCGCCUAACGAGCCAAAUCGAUUGGGGUUACUUCUAUGAGGAUUUUCCACACGCCAUGAAGGACCUAACGAAUAACAACUCGAUCAUACGCUGUAACUUCGACGUUGGUAAUUCGUGGGACGUGGAACAGAUGGUGCAGGAGCGUCGGCAUCACAGUGAAUCGAAAUGGAACGACGAUUGGCACAAACACGAGCCCAUGUCGUGGGACACCGUGACACCUCAGCCAAAGUGGAAGGCCAUGUUAGAGGAGGAUGUUGUGAGUCGCCAAAGCCUGCUAUCCCCGUCCUCGUAA